AUGAUCUGCCACGUGACGGGCGACUUCCUGUUUUGUCGAGGCUCUCCCAUAUCUGGAAAGACCAAGCUGGCCUUCGCGAAUAACAGAGAAGAAAACAAUGACAUAGGGGCCAACGUACUGUCUUUCACUUGGUUUAAGAUGACAACGGCGGAGCAGACCCCAAUUCUUAUUCCAUCUGAAGAUGAAGAUGAUGAUGACAUUGUGGUGGUCAAAGAAGAAACUGUGCCGAUCACCAUUGACGAGACAGAGGAUCAAGAUCAGGAUGCAGAGGUCAUCUUCAUCUCGCAGACUAAGCCCCCAGCUCUGCCCACUUCCCCUCUGCCGUGGGACACAGAUGUAGAUUCGGCUUGCCUGGCGGCAGAUCUUGGCACUGAAGCUACAGGUGAUGUUGGGGGAGCUGGCAACACUCUCUGCACGCCUGGCUUGCCCUCCAUUGCAGGUGUGGGUUCAUCAAGCAGACUGUCUCCUGAACAGGACACCAAGCAUUUACUUCACAGAAACUUGAGUGUCACCUCAGGCAUGCAUCUGACAUUGUCCCUGGGCGAUGCCGACCAAACACCCUUAGACCUAUCCAAGACCAGCUCCGACCACAAAGAUGGUGUUGGAGCGCUGGCAUCAGACGGUGAUGCCGGUGUCCAUGCUACUGACCAUUUUGUCACCGACUUGGGUGGCAGCAGCUUUGAGGAUUCAAAUGAUGAAAGCAUAAGUUUUGACCAAGUGGAUGGUGCAACUACCACCCCUACAGUGUUGCUGCCCACCACCACCACUCAGCAUGCCCUCACUUCCGUCAUAGCCUCACCUUUUCCUGUACCCUCUUGUUCCCAGCCAAGCACUGGUCUUGGGGUGUCCAGUUCUCCCAGCAUAGCAUCAUCUCUUCAGAUAUUGAAAUCAGGAAGAGCUGCAGAUCUGCUGACACCUCCAACGUCAGUGGCGGCAGUAGGAGUAACAGAUGUCUUGGUGGACCUGGUUGACCAAGCUGCCUGCAGCCCCCAGUCUGGAGUCGAUGCAUCCCUUCCAUCCACCUCCCAGACAGGGUCAGCAGCCCUCGCACCUGCAAAGAUCUCAUCUUCCUUACAGCCUGGUGCCACUGAACACCAGCUGCUUGUGGAUUUUCUGAUGCAGGGCCAGAGCGUGCCCACCUUGUUGGAGGCAAGCGGGGCUACCUCCAUGACAGCUGCAACCUCAUCAGGAGUAGCUGCACAAGCUCCACAGUCACUCCCAACUGGCAGCUCAACUCAUUUGCUUUACCAAGCGCAGGCAUCUGUUCCAUUGGUGGUUGGCUCAAGACAGUUGUCCCAUUCAAUGUCGGCAUCAUCUGAUUCUGGAAUAGCUGGCGUUUUUGUCCCGAACAUGGGGGUUGUGGUGGCACAGACAUCGACCCAGCAGCAAGCAAAUGGCAACACAAACCUUAUACGGAUGACACCAGCAGAACCAUUCAACAUUACCUUGGGUACACACCCAGUACAGCCGCCAGCCACAAUGGUCAGCUUUUCUCCACAAGUGACACAGCUUAUAACUCAGGCACUGGGUGGCAAUCACGCAGUGUCCCCUUCACAAAUGGCCAUGACUCCUACUCUGUCAGCACAAGGUCCUGGUGCUGCAUCGUCUUCACCCUCUCUUUUGCUUCCGUCAAUGUGUCCAUCAAAGUCUCUGUCGAUGUCUACAGGUGCGACACAGACCAAUCUGAGCCCUAUUCAGCAACAGCUGGUCAUUCAAACCACUAUACCAGCCACUACUGUUGCCAUGGUAACCACCACUUCUGAUGCACUUUCAACUUCAGUGUGCCCAGGAGCUGCUAUGCUUGCACAGAAGCGCAACUCAACUAGUGCCAUCAGUCUCCUCGACAAUGCCAGCCUCCCACUGCGGAAGCGUGUGCGCCCCAUUGUGAAUAGCAGCUCUGGCCCUGCAUCACACCCAUCGUCAGAUGAUGUUGCACAAAGCAGUUUGGAUUUAAGUGCAAGGGAUCGUGAUGGGGGCUCCUGCCAGCGAUGUGGAAACAGCAUUUUCGGCACUCAGUUGUCGCGGUGCACCCAGGGGCACUGUGCAUGUGGGCAGUGUCUGGAGGAACAAGUCAAGCUGGUGCUGACAGGCAGACAGAAGGAAUCUCUGACGUGUGUCGCACCAAACUGUGGCAGCUACUACCCUAUGAGUGAACUGAAGCACUCACUACCUAACAUGGUUGUGGAAAUCUUGGAGGACAAGCUGGACUGUGACUAUGUCAACGUCAUUUCUGAGAUGAUGCUAAUCAAUGCAACAGCCAACAUUCAAGGCACUUCUUCCACUUCAGCAUCCACAGCGACCACCAGUGCAUCUGUCACUACAUCCAAUUCCAGCUCAGCAUCGACCUCCACCUCCUGCACAAAAACUUCCUCACAGGUUCAGACAGAUGACAAAUUUAAUGGUCAUAGUGACUCAGAUGAGGAUGAUCUGGAUGAUGGCAACGGUGAGGCAGAAGCGAUGAUGAAAGUGAUGGUGCAGGUGUGUCUUCAACCACUUCGGGUGUUGGUGGUGUGACAUCCAAGAUGCACAGAAAGAGAAGCUCGC